CACCAACUCUAACCUAGUAUCGUUCAUAGUGGUCAAAAUAAUCGGAGAUAAUAUUUCAACAAUGAGCGAUGUCUUGUCAAAUGAACAGGAUUGCAUAUUUGACUGAUCCAGAAGGAGUCAGGGCUAAAUUACUGCAGGAUGCCAUCACAAAAUUGGACCACAUUCCAAAAGAGGAGCUCCCCCUGCAGGACAGCCUCCUCUCUCUCUCAUCAACAGGAGACGUCCUGGUCCUGGCCCUCCAUCGCCAAGCGGUAAUCCUCACCUCAAAAUGGGACCUUCAAGAGUCCAGUGACGUAAAAAAUAAAUUCAACAUCACCUGGAGUGGUGCCCUGACCUCGGACCCAACCGAGUACGUCACCUCAGUCUUAUGCCUCCCCCUGGCGCUCCUCGGCAAAUCAAACAUCGUCGGGGGCGUGGACUGGACCUGUAUAGCAGUCGGUUUCAGCACCGGCUUCAUCCGAUUCUACACAGAGUUCGGUGCUCUGUUACUAGAAGAACAACUCCACAACGAAAAUCUCAUAUCAAUAAAAUGUCAAUCCCUAACUUCCCUGACUAGCCACGCCGGCGACACCAGUCUGACCGAGGAGAUCCAUGUCUUGUACACCACCGCCAUCUCCAUUCUCCCGGGAUUCCCCCUAUUUUCUACUUUGCGGGCUCGAAGGAACCACCUAGCCCAGAUCCAAGCGAACUCCCUCGAGAAAUUCGGGGACAAACUUUCCAAUUCCCCUUCGACCCUGACCUUCCGAAAAUUCGGUUUCAAAGAGCAAGACAUUAUUAACGACUGCGAGUUCAUAGGGAUCACCUCAGUCAAUACUUUCGAUCACCUGAUGACCGCCUCCAUCUGCGGGGGCUAUGGCGCGUCCUACAGGUCCAGUGCCCCGCAACAUACCCUGACCAUAGCAACCGGCAAGCGCCCCUACCUCGGUUUCCAUUACGCCCUGGAAGGGGGCGCGGCCCCCGUCCUGUCAGACGUCGCAAUGGCGAUGGCUAGUUCCUUGGCGAACGCCAUUGGAAAAAUCGGUACGGCGGUGCCCUGGCUGAGGACCAACCUUAAGGGGAACAAUAGCAAUGCAAAUACGAACGCUCAGGAGAAGAAGGGCCCGGCUGGCGAGUCACCGGAAGUCAUGACCUGCAGGUUUGCCUUGAGCGAUGUCAUGAGAGAGGGCGACAACUUCAUCACUAGCCCAAACAGGGCGCUGUCGGUGGUUUCCGACGCUAUGGGACGGGUCGUACUCUUGAAUAAUAAGAAGGGGGUGGCUUUGAGGAUGUGGAAGGGGUACAGGGACGCGCAGUGCGGGUGGAUCGAAGUCAGUGAGGACAAGCAUUUGUCGACGAAUCGUUUAAAUGAAAAGAGUCAUAAAGGGUCGCAACGAAAAACUACUCGAUACGCUUUGAAAACCGCACUAUUUCUGGUCAUUUACGCACCUAAGAAGGGAGUCAUUGAUGUCUGGGGCAUUCAGCAGGGGGGGAAGAUCACGACCUUCACGGCUAGCAAAAAUGGCAGACUAAUCUACAUCAAUUAUGGACUUGUGGGGCUGAAUGACACCGCUCCAGUCAUCGCCAAUAAGCCGCAGUAUGCUUGUGUAUUCAUGGAUCCGGCAGGUGGACUGAAGGAUCUAUCCGUUCCAUUCCAUUACGCACUUAGUAGCAAAAACGGAAAACGAGCGCGAGAUAUUCAUCUCUUCAAGAAGCUCAAGACAUUCAUGAGGGAGGUGGAGUUCGACGAAGACAGGCUGAUCAGCCAGAUCAAGAGUGUCUGUUCAGACUUGAAGACUAAUGAGAUUAGACUGCAGAUAAUCGAGAUGCUCAUGGGAAAUAGACACAUCACGCCGGAUGCCUUGCUAGCAGCUACUGACUGCUUCGUCAACGCUUUGAUACAGUUCGAGGAUGACGAACUUGAGCCUGCGCGAAAGACCCUCUACAGGAUCUCCAUUCAGCUACAGAAGGCUAUAGAGUUCUACAAAUAUGUCAGGUCGCUGUUCGAUCGCCCCCCGGAGUACAACACUGUCGCGUCCAGCUGCAUUCCAGACACAAAGUGUCUGUCCAAAGUUCUGUUAACGUCUGAACAUGAAGUCGACAGGAUUCUCAAAUUAUCCCAACACCUCUACGAGUUCGAACCCAUGAAGUCCCAGACUAGGGUCACCUUCAAAGACGACGGCGAACUAUUCCUGAACUUUAUAUCGUCCUUUGAUUUCGGCGUGCAGCAGAACAGCAUUGGGCUGACGCCGGACUUGAGCGAGGACAAGAAGUAUCAGAUUGGCUCGCUUAUUUAUCAAGGCUGGAUGUAUUCCAGUGAAUCGACAGCUGAAUGGGAGGAGGCGGCGCAGGCCUCCAACAUACGAUCGAAGUCUAUGGUUGAGUUGGCGUUGAUCUACUGGCUGAAGAAACUGCCGGGGGCACCGCUGGAGAUCGAACUCAGCAGAUUCACGCAGUUGCUGCAUGGCAUCUGCGCCCUUGAUAACAUCGAAGGUGAUCGCGAGGGAGAUGAGGGUCACGAGGGGAUUUCCUCCUGGUGGAGCGACAUCAGGGGCAUUCUGAUGUCCUCCCCUAGACCUUUCCAGGCGUUGACGGCUGCUUUGGCUUGCAGGACUGUUGAGAUCAGCCAGCAGAGGCGAAGGGACUGUAUUUCUGAUAAAGAGGCUGAAGGUGCUGAAAAUUAUGAUAGCGAGAAGGGCCAGGAGUGGGAGACCAUCAGCAACGACACUUGUCAGUUCACCUUGCUCAUUGGAAACCUUGAGGAUGUCUCGCUUCUCAACGCCGUCAUAAAUCAGCCAAUUCCGAAUAGCAGCGGACGGUUCAACUCCCUGCCGUAUGAGAGGCUUGACAUCUCGAUGGGGUACAUCAUCUCCAAGGGGAAAGGAUCCAUUUCGGAGAUUGUGGCCAAGUGGUUGUCGUCAUCUGGAGUCGAUCCUGAGAGUCUUAUUGAUCCACAUGUUGAGUAUUCACAGGCUGUAGAAGUGGCCUCGCGUGACGUCGAAGGUCAAGCGGCAGAAAAGUCGAAUGGUCCUCACAGCAAUGAUGAUAAUGCUACUGUCAAAGAAGAUAAAGGAAGUGUUUUGGAGAGACAUCUUGAUCCAGUCACUCGGGAAGUCUCGGAAAAGAUCUCUCUUCUGAGGCAGCACUUCCCGUACAGUCUGACCAGCAGCAUUUUACUGGCGAAUUUGUGCUGGGAGUUCGUCAUGCAUUGGAGCAAGAACGUCACGAAGCUACAGUCCCUAGAAGUUGCUUUGAACAUUCUGCGGAAAAUUCCGUCCAAAUGCAUGAGGCACGGGGUGUGCUGCCUUCUUUGGAACAUUCACAUCAAGAAACGGAUGGAGACGGCUUCUAAGCUCAUGAACAAACUGGGAAAACUGCCCAAGGAACGAUUGUGCAUGCAGGAGAUCGGAUUGUCUGAUACUGAAUUGGGCCUUCUCCUGCAGCAUUGUGUGACAUUCCUCGAUAUUUUCCUGGAUUCUGAAGUUGUUGAUGAGGAUAACGAUGUUGUCUUGAAGUUUGAGGAGUUGUGGGAGGGACACACGACCGCGGGUCCUCAGCCCUUCGCGGUUCUGGCGGUUUCCCAGACACCUGCGUGGUUCGACCUCAUCAUGCUGCAUUUCCAGCUGGCUAAUGUGCUGCAUAUGAUCGCGCAUUUCAAUCUCAAGACCCUCAGGCUGAUGGUUAAUCUGUUUGAUUCGGCUAGCAAUCAGUACUUCUUUCAAGACAUCACGGAUAAGACGGUUUUGGGUUGGUACAGGGAUGAUAAGCGGGACAAUAUGAGGAUGGAGUUCUUGUGCAGAGUCAUCACAGCUUCUGUUGAGGCCAUUCAUCAGAAGACUUCGGGGGAGGGCGGGGAGGCUUGUGAUAGUGAGGCCGUUUUGUGGAUGAGCAAGUGCCAGACGAUGGCGGCUUUAUGGAAGAUUGAUAAGGAUCGGUUGAGGAUUCAUCAGGUCUAUCAACUUUAUGUCAAUGGAUUCGAUAGACAGGCGGAAGAGAUUUCCAUGGCAAUAAACAACACGGAAUCCCUGGCAGUAAGCCUGCUACCAGUAGCAGGCAGAAGAAUGAUGAAUUACCUGUCCCAGACACCAUCCCUCCUAGAGCAAGUCUCCAGGAUAAGUCCAUCACUCGCACAAUAUCUAGAACAGCUCAAUAUUCAAUGUGUCGUCAUAUCCACGAGCUCCCAUGACGCAACCAUCGAAUUAAUACGAAAGGUAUCGCGAUAUCUGCCCGAGACCCACAAGGACUAUCACCUGGCGCAGUUGAUGCUCGACGCUACCUUCAUCUACGAUGGGCAGUUAUAAAUAAAUUUGUUGUGUAUUAUAAAUAAUAGAUGAUCAAUUGUAAUAUAUUAUUAUUGUCAUUGUUUUGUCUCAUGAAUCUUGUUGAGUAGAAACAUUUUUAAGAUGAGAGGAGAAUAAAGAGAGGAGGAGGCGAAGAA